GGGGAAUCUUGUUUUCUGAAAAUCAUUCCAAACCAUAAAAACAAGGAACAGCCAGAGAAACAAUGGAGAUGACGAGUUGUCCAUCCCCACCAAACAAUUAUCGCUACUGCUACGCCAAACUCACUGAAUGGUUUACCCAGCACGGCUGUCAAGCUAACCAAACCUGGGUCUUUUUUGGGGUAAAACUAUUGUUCAUGGUUAGGCCCUUUUUGUCGCAACCAGUUCUUUUUUUGCAGUUUUCUGUGGGGGAAAAUAUAUUUUUGCACCUAAUCAAGUGAUCAUUUGUAUUGGGAUUUGAAGGAAUUCCAUUAACGAGUAUUCAUUGGCCAGAUAAGC